AGUUUCUACUACAAGAGUGGGGCGGUCUGGUGUUCAGAUGACUUGAACUUGGUAUGCUGUUUGUAUGCUUAGAGGAUCUGUUGAAUCCAUUAAUCCAUUUAGGCGCUAUAAAUGGAAUUCUUGUGAGGGAAAAAGUAUGGAAAAGUCGGACGCAUGCGAUCCAUACAGUCGACCAGCGCGCAGGACACAAUGGAUAGUGAGCACUCUGGCGUAUCAUUACGGACUAGACCGUGGAGUGGAAAACGAAAUUAUAGUCCUCGCAACCGGGCUGGAUCAAUACCUCCAAGAGAUAUUUCAUCACCUAGACUGUCAGGGAGAUGGAAAAAUCCCAGCCGAGGAUUUUAACAUUCUUUGCGAGAUUUUAGGACUCAAUAAAGAGAGUGAUCUGGAGGAGUGCGCGGGGAUAUUGGAUAAUCUACCCAAAGAGUUCAGCUUCAGGCAGUUUCACGCUAAACUCUGCUGUUAUUUCAGUACCAAAGCUGGAUGCCAGUAUGAGAAUGGGAGGCUGUUGGUUGGCAAGGAGAGCGAGCAUAUAGAGACGCAGAUCAGACUCAGGAGCCCCUUGAGGCGGCGCAAGAAGCUGCUGUCUUUGGGUACCACCGCUAAGAGAGAAAGCGGUGAGCCUUCUUCUCCCACUGUGGAUAGACACGCGUCGGGUUGUAGGCAGCUGGGCUCCUGCACCAGGGAGUGCUACGAGGAAAUUGUGGCCCUCGAGGAGGCUGAGGACAGGAUAGCCAAACUUGAGGAGGAAAAUGCAAGUCUCAGGGAGUUGGUGGAGGACAUGCGCGCGGCCCUUCAGAGCAGUGAUGCUCGCUCGCUGGCAUUACAGGUGGGUCUGUGGAAAAGCCACUCGAAACAUAAACCAGAGGGUGGCUGUUUCAUCGCCCACCAAAGGCGAGCAGCUCAGAAACCCAACAUUUCUGGAAACCUGAAGGACAUCCAGAGUUUCCUGAGAGAAGUGGAGUACAUCCGGAGUUCCCGGGAUGGGCAGAUCGAGGAGGCCAUGCUCUUCAACCAGAAGCUGGAGCAGGAGCUGCGAGUAUCACGUGAGACCGUGCUGUUGCUGGAGGAAUGUAACAGGACUCUAAAGAAGGAGCAGGUAGAGAUGAGAAAAAGAGUGGAGGAAGCCAGACAAGCUGUACUCAGUGGCCUCAAGAAAGUGAAGGAGCUGGAAACCAAAGCCAGUCAUGUGCCUGUUCUGCAGAGGCACAUUGAGCAGCUAGAGAUGGAGCUUCUGUUCUACAGAUCUGAAGUGUCUAAAACAUCGGUUCCAUUCAUCAACAAACCAGACAGACGGUAUAAUAGGGCCGGUCAGACUGUGCCACGCUGUUGCCUGGACACAGAGCAGGAUCGACGCUCUCCGACGGGACGUGCAGAGACUGUGCCUGACACCAUGGAGGAGCAUUUUUUCCGUUCAGUGGAGGGUCAGGCAGCGUCUGAUGAAGAGGAAGAAAGAUGGACCGGAGAGCAGCAGAGACAAGUGGACGAGGUGAAGCGAAUCCUCACCAGGCUGUCCUGCUGUGGAGACAGAUGUGAUGAGAAAGCAGUGAAGAAGCUGCUGUCUCAUUUCGGUGACUCGCGGACAGAGGAGAGUCAGACGGCUGUGCUAGAGCUGCUGGAGAGGGUCAUACGACUCAACAAACAACUGGAACUGAAGGAGAGUCAGGCCAAGAGGGCAGAGAUGGACACUGACCAGAUGAGGGACGCCCUGGUCCAGGAACUACAGCAGAAGGCAGAGGAGACAGAGCUGCUCCACCUGGAGCUGCAGAUGUUGGAGACGGAGCGGGUGCGUUUGUCUCUGGUGGAGGAGAAACUGAUGGAUGUGCUACAGCUUCUGCAGCAGCUGCGAGAGCUGAAAGUCUCAAGAAGAUCUUUAGGAAAGAUUUUGCUCAGCACAUUGGAGUCCUGCAGUGAUCCUCAGCAUGGGAAAGCACAUAUCUUGGAGGUGCUCAAUGCUCUUUGUCAUGAACUGGCUGCAUGUGAGAUCCUCUCUAAUGGCGAGAAGAUAGAGAGAGCACAUCACCAGUCUCUCACCAACUCACUGCUCAUCUCCUGCUAGACAUUACUGCCACCUGAUGGCCACAGGAUGCUACAGCCUCUUACAGAAACUACCAACUAGCCAUGUUGGAAAAUGGGACCAAAAUUAGCCAUGUAUUUGUCUUUGUGUUUAUAUUUCUAUGUAUAUUUGUAUAAAUCAUUUAGCUCUAUCAUUUAUAAGGAAACAUGAUCUGAUUCCUUUCAAAGCUACUUUUUCUGAUUUUCCUUUUGCAAUGUCAUACAUUGUUGGUCAGUAUUAUCUUAAAAUACAUGCAUGUUGUACAAUAGUAUUCUUCUCAGCUUCAUCGUGUGGUACUGAACCACCCGAUCAUACAGAAACUCUCAGGUAUAAACUAUGUAAAGCUCAAUAUAUCAAGCCUAUUUCAAUAGAAAAACAUCGAUGAUACUAAAAGGUAUUAGCUACAGAUGUGAAUUUAGUCAAAUAGUGUUCUCCAUAUCUUACACAGACAGGGACAGAUGUUGAGAACAGAAUUUAUGCACCUUUCAUUGUUUUUCAGUUUUAUCUGUAACUGUCAAUUGUCUUUUAGCACAUCUGGGUAGUUUUCUUGCUCAAGGAUGAUUUUUAUCUAUGAUUUGCAUGAAAAAAUAUAUAGUAUUAGAAAAACGUUACCGUCUCAUAAUUGUCAGUGUCUGUGCCUCUCUCCCAUAUCUCCAGAUAUACAUGUACGUUUAUGUAUGUGUAUAUAUAUAGAUGAACCUUGUUAUAUACGUCUAGAAAUGAAACACAUAACACAUCAAUCAUACAAUGAUUUAUACACACACAUUUUUCAAACAUACAUAGACAUACAUAUUUAGUUUUUUUUUCUUUUGGUUUCAAAACAUCUACAAAUUCUUUUUUUGCUAUAAAUAAAGCUGAAAUAAUUAACAAAUCUAUAGCAGAAAUCAAUAUAUAAAAAGGUUGAGAAAAACACAUGCAAAGUAGUGCAUCACUAUCCCUUCAUUUGAGAUUUAACAGAAGGCAUACAGUUCGUAUGGUGACACAGGAGGAAAAAAAAACAAGUAUAAAGGAGAAUAUAAUUAUGUGCUAUAAAUGACCUUCUAAUAGUUUUGUCCUCUUAGAUGUUUGAAUUGUGCAAAAAAAGCAAUUUAUUUGCAUCUACUAAAUAUUAUGCAAGUCUGACUGCAGAAUACUGUAUGCCAUAAGAUUUCAGAUGUUCUUCUGGCUCACAUGUGUACAGUACAGAUCAAUGUUACCUUUAAUUCUACAAUGAGUAAAUGAUGAGUUAUUUUUACACAGGAGUCCAGAAAUAAACACAGGCUCAUAAAGGCUUCAGAAACCCUCUGACAGUUCAAUUCAUAUUUAUAACUACACCUUUGGAGCCACUGGUCUUACAGUUUUAUCACGGGAAUCACAGAAUGGGUCUUGAUGAGAAUUAUGCUGCAUUAUGAUUAAUCACUUGGUUUGAAAAAAGCACUUAAUUCUGAAGUAAGACUUUAUAAUCUUACACCAGCACCACUAAGGUCUGGUAACAGGUAAUGACUACAAG